AUGACCCUGGGAGCAGACAUGAGUGAAACACAAGUCGAGAAGCCUGAACACAUGAAUCCAGAGAUGCCCAUCCUGUCUCUUUCCAAGAGAAAGCAGCCUCUAAACCAGAAGGCAGAAGAGAAACAGCUCUCUGAGAGUGGGGGGAACAAAGGCAGGAGUUCCAAGUCCUCUCCCAGGGGCAAAGAGAACACCCGGCCAAGUCGGGAGGCUAAGGCCCCCAGUCAGAAGCGUGGGCAAAGCUGGGUUGUCUCCCCCUGUGGACCCCACAAGAGAAGCAGCAAACUGGAAGAGAAGAGGAGGGCCAGACCAUCUCCCCACAGAGAGAGAGGAAAGGCCAAGCCGGGGUCCACCCACAGAAGAGAUUCCUCGCACACAAAACUGCACAUAAAGGACCGAAGGACCCAGCCAAGCUCUCCUGUGAGGACUCUGAAGUGCAGUCGCUCUGGAGACAGCCAAGGUGCAUCCUACAACUCUGCCAAGAGGCGCAGACAGCUUUCUCCUCUGGAAGCCAGCUCAUUACCAACAUCCGCGCCGCUCAUGUCCAGAGUCUUCACCAACAUGGAUGCCUUGCAGGUGGCCCUGGACAACCUGCAAGCUCCCGGAGGUGCCUUCCUGUGUGGGCCCUCAAGCAGCACGGAGCCCACUGCCUCGCAGCGCGCCUGGCUCACUUGGCAACUGUCUCACGCAGGAGCCGCCCUGCACUGGGCACUUCACACAGUCAAUUAUAUCUUGACUGUGCAGGCCAGCCUGCCCAGAUACACCUGGCCCCAAGGCUAUUCCUUCACUGCUGACCCUAGACCAGCGCCCAACUCCUCCUCUCAUAAGAUCCAGGCUAGUCUACUGGCGCAGAGACCAGGCGACUUGGCAUCUCCCAAACCCUUCUGUGAAUGCAAGAAGUAUCCGGGGCUGAGCACAGCAGGCCUUGAGUCCAGUGAGCACCAAACGAUCUACCACUUCGGAGGAACUCAACCUCAGAACUUGGCAUCUCUCCUCAAGGCAGCAACACAGGGCCUGACUGUGAAGAAAACCUGGGAAGACUCACUGUGGAACUUGGACUGUUGGAACCUUUCACUGAUGGGGACCCUUCUACCUGCCCUUUAGGGCAUAUCAUUUGAUAAAUGUGUAUCAUCUGGGAAACGACCAACUCGUAGAAUUCAAUCAGCCAA